CUGGUCUCUCUUUUACUGCUUCUGUGGUUCUAACAGCUAGUUAUUGUGCAGCUUGUUUUUUCUUUCCUCUUUAUCAUUCUCUUCUCCGAACAAACAUUGUGGUAUAGCUGUUCAGUGUGCAAGGUCAGCACUAAAUCGCAGCACUGCAAAGUCAAGAAUCAGUCAAAGUGGCUGGCUGAGACCAACGGACGCAGUUCCUCGGUAAGACGGGUGGACUCGGUUGUUGCUUGAUUGUCCUCACACGGCUCAUGACACAAGCAAAAUCUAAACAUGGUUCAGCUAAUGGAGAAUAGUCCUCAAUGUGGAAGCAGUUAGGAAACAUCCAACCGCUGUGUUACUAUUACGCUACACAAUUUAAAUAACAGUAUACGGUCAGCGUUGCGGGCCAACAUGUUACAUGAUAACUAUAAUGGCCCGCUUAAAGCAGAACAGUCUUCUGGCGCCUUGGCUUCCCCAGUUGGAGCGGGGGUCCCUCAGCUGAUAUGGCAGCAAUGUCGGGCCUCUGACCCGUCGUGCUGCAUGGCAGCGCCACGCCAGAUGGUUUAGCCAAGUGAGCCACUCCACUCAAACAAAGACCCGGGGAAUGGCCAAACGGCAUGUGAGGAUAACUGCUUCACAAUUAGCAAGACCGAGCGUCUUGUCCAUAAUAAAACAAAGUAACUGCUAGGAUUGCAAAGCAUUUUAAACAAUACGAGAUGACUAAGAAUUGUAAUGCUGUGUGGCUUUAUGACUUCAUAAAAUACAGUUACAACUUAAUAAACAAUGGUAAUCUGCAUGAAAAUAUAGGACAAUGUGCUGAUCCAUUUUAACGACCUUGAUCCGCGUGUGUUACAAUACUGCACGAACCUUAUCGAGCAUCCGCAGGAAGGAGGGAAAGCAACUUCCCACUGAGACAUUGGUUACAUGUCGAGGGAGGAGGGUGACGCUUGUAAAAAAAAAUAGCGAGCGUGCAACUGCUCAUCCGACAUCCAAAAGCAAAAGAGAGAAACGUUGUCAGAGACACAUCAUCUCUUUGGCCCUGGGCAGUAAUGAUGGCCCAGCCACAGAAAAACACUCUUUGUAGAAGGAUGUCACUCUCAAUUCUGUUACUCACGAGUUGUCGGAUCUCCAAUGCAGUUUGUGGAUGUAUGUAAUAGUUACAGUGGUGAGGAUGUAUGUAAAAUAGUCAGAGAAAUGGAUUAUCACCAUGUCAUGCGUUAUUGUUAGUUGCCACUUUCUGAAGCCCGCGUGCCUUAAUCUGCGGCAUUGAUCAUUUAUUUAAGGGUUGAAAGCUGUUGUGCCCUCAAGCGAAUGUCUGUAUGUAGUCAUAGUUAUAAUAGUUAGUCAUAGUUUUAAUAAUAGUUUGACUUUAUAAGUGCAAAAAAAGCCCCUCUGUGGUUCCAUGAUAAAAAUAAAAACAAGAGGCCCCAAUUUUCCCAAAUCCAAAAAAUGCCCAUGGCUUCUUCCAGUCAACAGCUGUCUCUUCCCAUUUCAAUUAUCCCAGCCAAACAGACUGGGCAUUCAAUGCCAUUAUGAAGCUGGGUCACACGCAGCCAGAUGUAAACCUGCAGAUAAGAGCAUUGCACAGAAAGGCUCUCACACACACACACACAUCAAGAUUAGGCAAAUACAGACACACACAUGAAGCAGCCUGUAUGAUGCGGCUGUAGUUGUUAUGUGGCUCCCGCGGCUGGGUGGAUGCGUUGGUCAGCUCGCGCCCUUGCCCGGCAGGCAGAUCCCAGUACAUCCCUCCUGACAUGCAAAUCCUAUGGCAAUCGCUGCGCUUCCUUCCUCUUGCUGUGUACUCCCUCUGUCUGUCCCUCGCUCUCUUUCUCUACCCCCUUUUCCUCCCUCGUGGAUGCAACCGUCCGCGCAGUGCACGCAGGACGGUCCACUGGAGCGGCGUCAGCAGCGGGGAGAGAUGCGAGGAGCACAGAGGAGCCCCAAUGGCGCCGGAUUCUCACCUCCCGUCUCGUACUCCUUCUACCACCUCCCGUACCUCUACUGCCAACCCAUUCCUCUUUCUGUCUCCAUGCCUGCGUCCUUCUCGCCGUGCCGGGCCGCAGAGCACAAGGAGCAGGCGGAGUGGAGGAAGACGGUGCCCAGCUACAACCAGUCCGCCGCGGCCAUGGACGUGCGCGUUUGGACCACGCCGGACGAAGGUCAGGAGGCUUUGCCGAAGAAGUGGGAGAUGGCCUACACGGAGACGGGCAUGGUUUAUUUCAUAGAUCACAACAGCAAGACCACAACCUGGCUGGACCCCCGACUCGCCAAGAAGGCCAAGGCUCCCGAGAAAUGCGUCGAAGGAGAGCUGCCCUACGGCUGGGAAAAGAUCGAGGACCCGCAGUUCGGCACCUACUACGUAGACCACAUCAACCAGAAGACCCAGUUUGAGAAUCCAGUGCAGGAGGCGAAGAGAAAUUUGAGCGCUGACGUUCCCACUGCGGUACUGCUGCCAGCAGCCACACCCUCAGCAGAGGAGCCCAGCAGGGGGGCGCGCGCCUUCACGCGAGAUCCUUCCCAGCUGCAGGGCUCCAUCCUGCAGGCCGCGCUUAGAAAAAGCUCCCAGGGCUUCGGGUUCACAAUCAUCGGAGGAGACCGACCCGACGAAUUCCUUCAGGUGAAAAACGUCCUUCCCGAUGGGCCCGCCGCGCAUGACAACAAGAUCGCCUCAGGUGACGUCAUCGUGGACAUCAACGGGGCAUGUGUGCUGGGGAAGACUCACGCUGAUGUGGUGCAAAUGUUCCAGUCCAUCCCCAUCAACCAGUACGUGGACAUGGUCCUUUGCCGAGGCUACCCCCUGCCUGAGGACUCCAGCAGCACCGAGGAGUCCUCCAAGGACACUUCCCCGUCCCCCUCAGCCUCCACACAACAAGACCCCCACCAGACGAUCCCAGAUGGAGGAACCCUCUCCAGGCAGACUGCCGCCGUACCACCCAUGACCAAUGGUGGUCGCCACCACCACCACCACCACCAACAGCACCUUCCCCCCGUCCCCAACCAAGAAGGCCCCGACCCCACCCUGUUGCAGCCAGAGCUGGUGAGCGUGCCCUUGGUAAAAGGCCCGGGGGGGUUCGGCUUUGCCAUCGCAGAUUGCCCCCUGGGCCAAAAGGUGAAGAUGAUCCUGGACGCCCAGUGGUGCCGCGGCCUGCUGAAGGGCGACGUCAUCAAGGAGAUCAACCGUCAGAAUGUCCAGACGUUGAGCCACUCCCAGGUGGUGGACAUCCUCAAAGACCUCCCCGUGGGAAGCGAGGUCAGCGUGCUGGUGCUGAGGGGAGGUCACACAUCUCCUGUGAAAUCACUAAAACCAUGCACCGCUCCCAUGUCCCAAGCAUUAUCCCAGCCUACUUCUCAACACGCUGCCCAGCCGAUGCCUCAUCCCAGCUCCCAGCCCGCCGCACAGCCGCCGCCGCCGCCGCCGCAGGAGAUACUUAGCAGCAUAGAGGCCCUCGGGCCCUCUGAGUUGGUCCCCAACCCGCUGCCUUUCCCUGCCAACACGCUGCGCGUGUCUUCACCCAAGCCGGACGCAUCUGAGCUCUACAUCAAGUCCAAGGCCUUGCUUGACAGCAAACCUCCCAACACCAAGGACCUGGAUGUGUUCAUCAAAAGAAACCAGGAGUCGGGGUUCGGCUUCAGAGUCCUCGGGGGCGAGGGGCCGGAUCAGCCGGUCUACAUCGGCGCCAUCGUGCCGCUCGGUGCGGCCGAGAAGGACGGGCGCCUGCGAGCGGGGGACGAGCUCCUCUGUAUCGACGGCGUGCCAGUCAAGGGCAGAUCCCACAAGCAGGUGCUCGAGCUGAUGACCAACGCUGCCCGCAACGGCCAAGUCUUGCUCACGGUCCGCAGGAAACUCACACAAACGGACGGGGAAGAAGAGGAGAGCGCUCAGCAGCCCCCGCGAGUAGCAUCCGCCCUGGUCAACAGCUCUCCCAAGAUGCCGCGGGUCGAGGUUCCGGAUGCCGUCCAGUCGUCUCGGCCGGAGUGCUUCGACGUCACUCUGCAGCGCAAAGACAACGAGGGCUUCGGCUUUGUCAUCCUGACGUCAAAGAACAAGCCCCCACCCGGAGUUAUACCUCACAAGAUUGGGCGUAUUAUCGAGGGCAGCCCCACCGACCGCAUAGGUCAGAUGAAAGUGGGGGACCGUAUCUCCGCUGUCAACGGCCUCUCCAUCAUGGAGCUGUCGCACAACGAUAUUGUCCAGCUCAUCAAAGACGCCGGCAAUUGUGUCACCCUCACUGUCGUGCCGGAAGACGACAGUGCUCCUCCGUCUGGAACAAAUUCAGCCAAGCAGAGCCCUUCGGCACAACACAGAGCUAUGGGCCAGCAGCCUCCCAGCUAUCCAGACAGAAAUGGUGAUACGGAGGUGAGGAACUCUUUCCCACCAAGCGAGAUGGGAACAUUCAUCAUGUCGGGCUCCAAGCAGGGCUGCUUUGUAGUGGAGCUGGACCGCAGUCAGAGAGGCUUCGGCUUCAGUCUGAGAGGUGGAAAGGAGUAUAACAUGGGCCUGUUCAUCCUGCGGCUGGCUGAGGACGGACCUGCUCUUAGAGACGGCAGGAUACAUGUUGGAGACCAGAUAGUGGAGAUCAACGGCGAGGCCACCCAGGGCAUCACGCACACUCGGGCAAUUGAGCUGAUCCAAGCAGGAGGCAGUAAAGUGCAUCUGCUGCUUCGACCUGGCCAGGGCCUGGUCCCCGAUCACAGUUCGAAGGACAAAGUUACUAUUCCAAGCUCUAGCUUUCCCAGACUUUCCGAAUCUGACGGCCACUCGUCUCCCGUCUCUCCAGCCUCUGUCUUUCUCUCUACCUCGGAACCGUCCCCAUCUUCACCCAAAACCAUCGGCCCCGAUGAGUUCUCUGGGGCGGAUCACGGGGCCCCCGGGUCCCCUGGCGCUGGGCAGGAGCACGGUAGACAGGCGAACAGACCAAGAGGGCAAAAGCUCUCUGAACACAACCACUCGCAUACCACCAACCCCAGCAGCAAGGCGGCUAGUCCCAAGAGAGGCACUGAAGGCCGGGUAGAUCACAAAGAGCGCUCAGAGAGCCCCCGAAAAACUGAGCGAGGCUUCGGCGGAUCCCUGGAGGACGUAAGGAAGGACAGAAAAGGCCAAGGGCAGAGAGAACACCGAUCCUCCAGCCCCAGAAAGAGGGAACAGGAACCUGCUGUGCCUCUGAAGAACCUGGACGAGCCCCAGAGCCCCCGGCGUCCAGCUGGCCAACAGCCCAGGAUUGCUUCUGGAGAAGAGAAGGACCGGGGGUACGAGGAGGAGCAUGUAGCCCACAGGCAGGAGAGGGCAGCUACGGAGAUUGGAGACAAAAGUUUGGGGACCAGUGAGCGACACAAGAAGAGCAAAAGGGCUGAGCUAGAGGCGGCGGCGCAUAAACCCCAUUCCCACAUGCACAGGGAGCGGGCCGCGCUGGACGGCGAUGGUGGCACCCUGAACCGGAAGAGUAGAAGAGAGAAGGGGGAUAAGGAUGCUCGGGAAAGCAAGCACCAUGGGCCAACUGAAGAAGAGGAUAGAAAGGAUCCGAGAGGGUCAAGCAGUAGCCUCCAGGACCCCAGCUGCAACGGGACCACCACCACCAGCAGCAAGAAGUCUCCCAUCACCCCUGGUCCGUGGAAAGUUCCCAGUUCUGCCAAAAUCCAGUCCCAAGUGGACAAAACAUACGCAGAUGUCUGAUCGCCCUCCCGCAAUUCACUGUGUUUAUGAAGAAAAAGCUGAGCCCCUGAAAGAUGGACAUCCAGAACGGAAGGAUUUUUUUGUUUUUGUUGCAACUUCUGACAAGGCAGAUCACUGUGUAACCAGCAACAUAGCUUCUCAUUGCUCAUAUAUAUUUUUGUCACACAGUUUGCCUCGGUCGGUCAGUUUGCAUCGAGCUGCUGACGUCAGAUCUGACGUACUGUCUUUGUGCAGUACGAUGAUGCGAGGACAUGCGUGAAGCAGCAGGACGCGACGCUGACGUCUAUUUUUGUGCCAGUCAGAGACUCCGGUUUAAAAAGAAGCUGCACUCACUGUGAGCGGGUUUGUGGGUUACGAGAGGAACUGCUCUCCCUGUCUACCGGCCGCGCUGAAGGAUCCUGCUUUUCUUUUUUGUUUUUCGAAGAUUUAAGACAUCGUCGUGCAGUGACUUUUUCUCCCUGAGACUGUAGCUGUCACUAUUGGAUGUUAGUAGAACGGGAGACGGUUCAGUUUCUCUUAAACGUCUCUAAUACGUCUGUUUCCCGAGAGCCCGACUAAAGUUGUGAGCGGUUCGAGCGACUCUCUUCCUGCACACGAACGAGACUCUAUGAUCCCAUCAGCUUCCCAGAAUACCCCUGAGCUUUAUAUGCAUCAAUCAGCAGACCGGAUACUUGUGGUUAUAGUUCUAAUGUUUGUUACAUGUGUGUUAGUAAUGAAGCAUAAUGUAAUUUAUUGAAAUGAUAUGUAGACAAAAAACAAUUAGUACACAUAUCCAGGCUGAGUCAUUUCACCUUUUGAUGUGGACUUAUUGAUAGAAAUAGAAUGUGUAGACAGGCAUGGACGUCUAAAAUAAUCCCACUAUGGAAUCUAUACAUUCUACUUCUAAGACAUAACGGUGUAAAUGGUCACACAAGGCCGACUCAUAAUGUUGUCUCCUGUCAGCAGCACUGUAUUUUAGGUCCCGUGGCUAUGUGCAUAGGUAUACAAGCAGACUGGUAGACCUGUGUAUUUUAGGUAUCGCUGUAGCAUCGACUAUACUCAAUCUGAAAAAUAUAUUCUUUCACGAAAUGAUUUCACCUAUUGACACAUCAUUUAGAUGAGUUGAGUGAACGGGAGCUUGAUUGUACGAAGUGGCAAGUCUGCCUUCAACUUAUAAGAGAUCUUGUAUUUUUGUCAUCACAAAUAUAGGCACAACAAAUAUUGUUCCUCCUAACCUCUAAAUCUAUUUUUGCUUAUUUUUAUGUAGUAUAUGACCCAAUGUAAUGUGAGGGGGGGGGGGGGUGUAACUAAAUGUUUGCUUAACUGUUCGUUGUUACAUGGCUGUCACGUUUGUGUUUUAAUUAAAACUCCCCCAGAAUGCGGGGAGUUUUCCUCAACAAUAGCUCAACUGCUAUUUGAAUAUACACUAAGUAAAGUUGAUUCAAUUAAAAUGAAUAGGGAUUAAAAGCCCAAAUCAAAACAAAUACAUAGAUACAUUAUAUUUAUAAUUUAUUUGGAUCAGUCGCGCACUCCCAGACCAAAUUAGUGUUGUUUGAACGUCGCUACUGUGGAGUACAGAGACACCUAGUGGUUCAUAUGUUCCUGUUCAUAAACUCUUCCUGCUCAGCCUGGGUGAGGAUCACAAGUAACACAUGCAUCUCUCAGUCUGUGAGACCACUUACUAAUUCAUUGUCCACUUUAUUGUUGACAUGAUGGGCUACUGUUUACUGUCUUCUAUUUACUUUUCAUGACAUUACCAUGUAUGAUACUGUGGCCUUGCAUUGCUCAUAUAUAUAUAUAUUAUUUUUAGUUUUGACAUGGUAGUUGUAAAUGUUUAUAAAUUGUACAGCACCUGUAAAAAUAUUUGCCUUCAUGCUGAAAAAAAAAUCGCCUGUAAAUUGUUUCAUUAUUUUUUUAAUUAAGGGAGCUGAGAGUAAAAUAUAUAUAAAAUGGGUGAAAAGUAAUAAUGUGGUCAUGGCAUUCUAUUCAUGCACUGAUAAAUAAAGGUUUACUGAAUACA